UAAGGUCACGACCACUGCGUCCUCGAGUCCAGAGGUGGCGCUUGACUACGUGCCCAAAUCCUAACCACAGAAGAAGAGCUGAUGCUAGCGAUCAGCGCAGAAGAAGAAGCUGUGGCGGAUAGUAAUGGCGGCGAUUUGGCUACACAAAUAAACAAUCCAGUUUUCAGUUUAAAGCUGUCGUUAUAAUCCUAAGAAGGCUCAUGUCAUAGCUGGCUGUCUUAAGUCUAUAUGUAGCAGAAAGGACACAUCUGUCACUAUAUUGUUGUCAUUUGCUGGAGUCGCAUCUGUCUGAUAUAGAUGUUAGCAGGGCCCGACUGUGCAGCUUCUUCUCAUUGUUGAACAUUGAGCUAAUUUCUUCGUACCCUGGCGUCGUUUUGUGACCAUUAACGAUGCCUCUGGGUUUGAAACCAUGCUGCGCCGUUUGCAAGACAAACUCUUCGUCCAUGUGGAAGAAGGGAAACCAGGGAGAAAUCCUGUGUAACAACUGCACGGGAAAGAGCAGCAGCGGCGGAGUGUCAGGACCCUCCAUGUCCUCCAGCACACAGCCCAGCAAUGGCGGAGGCAAGCAGUCCAAGCAGGAGAUUCACAGGAGGUCUGCACGGCUGAGAAGUACCAAAUACAAAGCUCCUGCAUCUGAGAAGAAGGUGUCCACAAAGGGAAAGGGAAGAAGACACAUAUUUAAACUAAAAAAUCCAAUCAAAGCACCAGAAUCUGUUGCAACAAUCAUCACGUCAGAAUCCGUAUUUUAUAAGGGUGUUUACUACCAGACAGGAGACGUGAUCAAGGUAACGGAUGAAGAGGACGGGAAGCCGUAUUAUGCUCAGAUUCGAGGGUUUGUUCAGGACCAGUAUUGUGAAAAGAGUGCAGCGUUGACCUGGUUAAUCCCCACCCAGGCCAGCCCAAAGGACCAAUUUGAUCCAGGGACAUACAUUGUUGGUCCAGAGGAGGAUCUGCCCAGAAAGAUGGAGUACCUGGAGUUUGUGUGUCACGCCCCCUCUGAAUAUUUCAAGUCACGGAGCUCUCCGUUCCCCACCAUCCCCGUCCGACCUGAAAAAGGCUACAUCUGGACCCAUAUAGGACCCACACCAGCCCUUACUAUCAAAGAGUCUGCCAGUGGCAGCAGUUAACAGGACCUCUGAUAUGGACUCACUCUGUUGCUUUUAAACAGACAUUUGUAUAUUUAUGUAAUAUAAUAAAAAACAAAAAUGGUUGUUGACUACAGCCAUUACUUCAGAUUGAAGACGAGCUGUAAUUUGACAUAGAGGAGACCAGAUGUAACCACACUUCAAAAAAAAGUUGUUUACACAUGUGCAGCAUUGGAAUAUUACUUUUGUAUUCACAAAUAAACAAAAA